AUGAUUCCUGAGAAUACUUUGUUGAAACAGAUUGCGAGGUUUUGUCUGUUAACCGUGUGUCUUAGGCAUAGUGAUAAUUGGGAGCUACUUUGGAGCACACGCAGCAAUCAAAUCCCACUUUUUGGCUGGCCAUCAUGCAAGGAAAAAAAAAGAGUGGUGUCUGUUUAUUUCUUUUUACAGCCCACUGCAUUUAUUCUCUCUGUAGAUAAUGCACUGACAUUGGUACUGAGUCCUACUGACAUUGGUACACGAUGCUGUUCAUUUGCUCCUUUUUUGUUCUUUCCUCCCCCAACCAUUUCCCCACGUGCGGCUACAUUUAAUCUUUUUAAUUCUCUAGCAGAGUACUUCAUACAUUUGACAUCAGGAGAUCCAUCAUGUAAAACCAAGUUAGAAAGAUAUGCCAGAACAUCGUGCAGAUGUAAGAUCUUGACAAAGCUGCCCUUCAAUUUUUAUGCAAAACAUGACUUCAGGUCAUGA